AUGUCCACCACACACUGUAGAUUUUAUGAGAAUAAGUACCCAGAAGUUGAUGAUGUUGUUAUGGUCAAUGUUCAGCAGAUUGCCGAAAUGGGGGCUUAUGUUAAAUUAUUAGAAUAUGAUAAUAUUGAAGGUAUGGUUCUAUUAAGUGAAUUAUCCAGAAGACGUAUUCGUUCCAUUCAAAAAUUGAUUCGUGUUGGUAAAAAUGAAGUUGUUGUUGUUUUACGUGUUGACAAAGAAAAGGGUUACAUCGAUUUGUCCAAAAGACGUGUCUCAUCUGAAGAUAUUAUCAAAUGUGAAGAGAGAUAUCAGAAGUCUAAAGCCGUUAACGCUAUUUUAAGACAAUGUGCUGAGAAAUACAAUAUUCCAUUGGAGACCCUAUAUGAAUCUAUUGCUUGGCCAUUAAGUCGAAAAUACGGACAUGCUUAUGAUGCUUUUAAAAUGUCUAUUACUGAUCCUAGUAUUUUAGAAACAGAGAUUAAAGCACCAAGUGUUGAGGUUUUAAAAGAUUUGCAAGCCCAGAUUGCUAGACGUCUAACCCCGCAAGCUGUUAAGAUCAGAUCUGAUGUGGAAGUUUCCUGUUUUGGCUAUGAAGGUAUCGAUGCAAUUAAAGAAGCUUUAAAGGCAGCAGAGGAUGUAUCAACUGAACAAAUGCAAAUAAAAGUAAAAUUGGUUGCCGCUCCAUUAUAUGUUUUAACCACACAAGCGUUGGAUAAAACUAAAGGUAUUGAGCACUUGGAAAAGGCCAUUAAUAAGAUUUCAGAAGUCAUCACAAAGUUUAACGGUGUUUGCAAUGUCACAAUGACUCCAAAGGCCGUUACUGCUACGGAAGAUGCCGAAUUGAAGGCAUUAUUGGAAAACAAAGAAUUGGAUGAUAGAAGUGAUUCUGAUGAAGAUGAGGAUGAAGAUGAUAACGAAUGA